AGUUAACUUUUUUUUUACAUCCUGGAAUAUAGACAGAUUUAACUACUUAGCCUCGAAGAAGAGCAUCUGAUAAAGUACUCAUAAAAUAAACAAUUGCAGACGAUUUUUGUGUCAAGUAUUUUAGCUUUCAUAGAACGGUAACAAACAGCAUUUGUGUAAUAUAAAUCAUGUUCUCAAUAUCAUUUAGCAGUAUUUAAAAUCAUUCGGUUAAUUAUUUCUUAACUGUGUUUUUCUGCAUUGUUCAGUUAUUCAAAUAUUAGUUAAAAUAACACCAAACAAUUUUUUUUUAUUCCUAAGGAACAAAUAGAAAUGGCUUUCGAGAGAAUUGUGGCACGUUCGAUUGGCGACAUUUUGAGAAUCAUUAUAACAUUCACUCGACCAUUCUCUGACAAAAUUCUUUCGAUUUUGUACCGAAUUUUCAUGGGACCUACAAAGCCACUACCUCCCAUACGCAAUCCUUUAUUACUUUACACAGCUUCCGAACUUGCUGAAAAAAUUCGAAAGCGCCAGGUAAAAUGUGAGGAUGUAAUGAAAGCUUACGUGGAGAGAUCCCGGGAGGUACAUCCUUUUAUUAAUGCAGCUUGUGACGAGAGAUAUGAAUAUGCACUGAAAGAUGCAAGAAAUAUCGAUAUCUUUUUGGAUAAAAAUGAAAAGCUUCUGGAUGAUAUUGAGAGAGAUACACCGUUACUCGGAGUACCUUUUACGUGCAAAGAAGCUAUAGGAGUAAAAGGAAUGGCCCAAACUUGUGGCUAUUAUAAAUCGAAAAAUGCAGUUGCUGCACAAGAUGCCGAUACUACAGCACUAUAUAGAAAAGCUGGAGCAAUACCUGUGACUGUUACAAACGUUCCAGAAACGUUAUUGUGGUGGGAGAGUGCAAACCUUGUCUUUGGCAUGUCUAAAAAUCCAUAUGAUAACACAAGAACAGUAGGGGGAAGUUCAGGUGGGGAAGCAGCUAUAAUAACAUCUGCUGCAGCUGUUAUUGGUAUUGGAAGCGACUUGGCUGGUAGCAUACGAAUGCCAUCAUCAUUUUGUGGAAUUUUCGGGCAUAAGCCUUCCCGAAAUUAUAUAUCAAACUGCUCCCCGGAAGAUGCAGAAGAAGACGCCUUAUUGGAUGAUUUCAUUAGCACAGGACCAAUGUGUCGAUACGCCAAAGAUUUGUCCUUAUUGGUGCGAAUUUUAUCUGACAACAGCAAUAAAGUGCCACUGGACAAAAGAGUGAAUUUUCGGAAUGUAAAAAUUUAUUACAUGGAAGAAAUUCCUGGGAAACUUAAUUGCUCAACACCAGAUGCUAAAAAUAAAAUUCACCAGGCUGUGAAACACUUCGAAACAACGCACGGCGUGACGCCAACACGCUUAGAAAUGGAUGAACUAGAGUAUGCAUUUCCCAUGUGGGAGUGCAAAUUGCUAGAAAGAGGAAUAGGUUCCGUCAAAGACAUUCUAGCCGGUAAAGACGGUAAAAUCAAUCUGUGGUUAGAACUGCUAAAAAGUCUAUUUCGUAUGUCAAACCACACAUUGCCAUCAAUUUUUUUGGCAAUGAUAGAAAGAAGAAGUAAAGACAAAUUAUAUCAUUUUUGUCUCCAGCAAUACCGAAGUAUGGAGAAGAAGUUUCUUGAAAUCUUUAAGGAAGAUGCCAUUUUCUUGAUACCGACUCAUCCCGAGACUUCUCCCCAUUACCUGAUGACCAUCCCAAAGUAUCCAAACGUAGCGUACACGUGUAUAUUCAGUAUUUUAGGGUUUGCGUCCACUCAGAUACCAGCAGGAUUGAGCCAUGGAUUACCAUUUGGUAUUCAGGCCAUAAGUGGAUAUUAUAAAGAUCACCUUACGAUAGCAACGGCAAUCGAAUUAGAAGAGGUUUUUGGUGGUUGGAUAAGUCCAUCUCCGGUAAUUCUUGCAAAAAAGAAGCUAAGAACUUGACUUUUCAUUUCAUAACACUAUAUGUACUGCGCAUUUGAGCGUUUUGUUCGUCUAUAUAAACAAUAGGGGGGCUUGAUUCAUAUAUCAAAACCCGAAAUGGUCUAUCAGGAAACAUUUUUAUCUGUGAGAAGACACCAUGUUUCUAAUGAAUUCACUUAGAUUUACCUAAUAUACUAUUAGAUCUAGACUACAUCUAGACCAGAGGUCCUUAGUUAAUUUCGGCUAUGAAAUCCUAAAUAAUCCACAAUCUUUUCACAGAACUCCGACUUAAUAAAAUAAGUAAAGACAAAUGGGAACGUAAUAACCAAUAAAAGAGUACGGUGAAAUUAAAGCUAAAAAAAACUGUUAUAAGAGUUGAUAUAAAUUUUUAGGAAACAUACUUCUUUAUAGGCGAAUUUAGCUAUUUUAUUUUGAUUGUAAGAACGCGACGGGAAAUAGUAAUGCAAUUUUCUAUCAAUUUAUGUAAGAAAAUACUCUUUAAUUGCCAUCUUGACUUUUUAUGGUUCUUCGUGAAAAAGCGAUUUCACAUGGUUAGGCAUAAUCACUUCACCUCUUGAGUUGCAAGUACCCAAUUAUAGAAAAUCACAAAACAAGACAUUUUAAAAGGUGUCUAGUAAAUUAAAAUUGUGUAGAAACAUCAGUAGAAUUACAUGAAAUAUCCACAAUUAAAAAUAAUUUUAUUAAAAGGUAACACCCAAAAAGUUUUACAAUUACAGCCAACAAAAAUUUGGUAAGUGUUCCUACAACGUCACUUAAGACUAUGUAGGUGGUUUCUACAUAAAGUUCUUCCAUUAUAAUGAGAGGUAAAAAAAUAAAUUUUGAGGAUUUUUUUCAGCAAAAAAAAAUUAGCAAAAAAAUUAAAAAAAUGAAAAAAAUAAGCUCUUUUAUUUGUAUACUUCUGCAUUGUCAUUGCUUUAAUGUAACGCUUAAUGUUUUAAUGUUUGUGUUAUUCGUUAUCUUUUCUAACAACUUGCUUUAUGUUUAUUGAAUAUAAAAAAAUCUUUAUAUUUCA